UGCUUGUGAAAGCUACUAGCUCUCUCACGUCAUAGCAUACCGUUCGGUUAGGUCGUUGGUGUUGAACUGAGAACUGAGAUCCGUCCUUCUCAAGUGAAGUUAUUUAUUGUCGCAGCUCAGUAGCAGUCUAGAGACUUUCCGCUCACGUAUUGGUCGUUACUGCUUAGAAGAGUCAUUUGGAAUUCGUGCUACAGUAAUCGUGAUGGUGAAUUACCCCAUGAAGCCGCCUCGAAUAGAAGACGGCACGCUGUGCAUGCUCGGCGCGCGCACGCACAGCAGCUGCACGCUGCAUCUGCCUCCCGCUCCCCCUGUCGCACCCUCGCCCUUACUAGACUCACGAGCCCCGUUUCAGCAGCAGCAGAACGGGGGUGCCUCGCAGCGGCGUCACGAGCAGUUGAAUCAGUCGCUUCUAGGGGCGGCAGGGUCCACGUGGCCUGUCGUCCGCUCCGGCUUUAGCGCGGAUAAGGGCGGCCGGCAGCGGAUGGAGGACGCCCACGUGGCGGUGGAUGACUUGUCGCAGGCGAUUGGUGACGUGGCUGUUGCUCAUCCGCGAGCUUUCUACGGGAUCUUCGACGGCCAUGGCGGCGACGCGGCGGCGCAGUUCGCGCGGCAGAAGCUGCUGGGCCACGUGGUGCGCGACGCGGCGUUCCCGCUGCACGUGGGCAGCGCGCUGCGGAACGCGUUUCUGCGGACGGACCGCGAGCUAGAGACGGCGCGCACGCCCGAGGGGUACGCGAUGGAGUCGGGCACCACCGCGCUGGCCGUGCUGCUGCUGGGCAGGUCUCUGUAUGUGGCGAACGCGGGCGACUGCCGCGCAGUGCUGUGCCGCAGGGGGCAGGCGGUGGAGCUGUCGCGGGACCACCGCGCGGCGUGCCAGCACGAGCGGGCGCGCGUGGAGCGGGCAGGCGGGUGGGUGGUGGACGACUACCUCAACGACCAGCUGGCCGUCACUAGAGCGCUGGGCGACUGGCACCUCGAGGGGCUCAAGACGCGCCGAUCCUCCGCAGCUGCUGCAGCUGAUGCUGAUGCUUCUGGAGCUGCUACAACUGCUGCUACAGCUGCUGCUACAGAUGCUGCUACAGAUGCUGCUACAGAUGCUGCUACAGGCUGUGCGGCUGAGGGUGGUAGUCAUGCUGGGGGUAGUAGUGACGGUGAUGCGGCUGCCAGUAGAGCCAGUGGCGCGGCGUGUGCAGAGCCUGCUGCAGCGAGGGCGUCGCUGUCCUCCAUAUGCUCCCCGGGCAGUGACAGCGACAGCGACGUGGUAGAGGGGCCGCUUAUAGCGGAUCCGGAGGUGCACGAGGCGCAUCUGUCGAACCCCGAGGACGAGUUUCUUGUGCUGGCGUGCGACGGGCUGUGGGACGCCUUCAACAACGAGGGCGGCGGCAGCAAGGAGGUCGUGGCGUUCGCUCGCAGGCGCCUCAGACUGCACAACGACCCCCAGCAGUGCUCCAAGGAUCUAGUGGAGGAGGCCAUUCGGCGGCACGCGUGUGACAACGUGACGGUGCUCACAGUGUGCUUCUCGCCGGACCCCCCACCGCUGCUGCAGCACCAGGAGCUGCUGCACUCGCAGCUGCCGCGCAGCUUCUCCGAGUACAGCCUCAGAUGCCUCAACUGAAGGGGGGGGGGUUCUGGCGUGUUGCCGUGGCCUGGUGACAGGAUGCUGCUUCUAUUCUUUUCUGUGUGAGUUGUGCUGACCAGUAUGUCGCCGCACCGCUCCAGUUUUCUGCACGAUCCAGUCUGACUUGCGCCUCUCGACAUCCUGCAGGUUCUUGCUCUUCCUUCCAUUUAUUCAAGGACUGCCCAGGGUGCAUUUGAUGGUGUUGCCAUUGUGUUGCUCUUUCCGAAGCGUACCAGUAGCUGUGCGAUUGUGUGUGCGUGCGUGUGUUUAUAUAAGAUGUAUUGUAUUGUGUAUUCCAGAGGGUCAUUGCUUGUGGGAGUCUAGGCCAUGGCAUGUGACCAAUGGUAGGGUGAGCCUUGGCAAUGGCAUCUGUGUAAUCCAUUGCUAAUAGC